UUAUUAUUAUUAUUAUUAUUAUUAUUAUUAUUUUGAAUCGGAAUCGUUUAGAAAUGUCCAGUUUUACUUUACACAACUUUACACAGUUUGGAUUCUUCGCCUAUCUUGUGCUUUUUUCCUAUAUCUCAGUCACAUUUUCAGUCAGCCUCGAUUUGACUGAACUGAGGAACAAAGUAGCAAAGAUCAAAGUAAAUCCAAGGGGAAAUCUGUGGGCGACAGGCCACUUCAUGGGGAAGAAGAGUGUGGUCGACAGCGCAUUUUCGCCCCCCGAAGAUGACGCCAUGAGCGCCUACGAGGUCGCUCUGAAUCCACAAAAGGUCGAACCUGAUGAUCUUUAUCAAGAGGUCCUAAAAAUAGCACUACAGGCACGCCUCGACUCACAGGAAAGCCGCGCUAAAAUUCCGGAGACUGCAUUAUUGAUGAAGAUUUUAGAGAGCUACAUCCAAGGCAACAGAAAAUGAUGAUGAUCACAUAUUUACCUCAUAAGGACACACCACCUUCUGCUGAAACCUUCAACCAUCCUUAGCUACUGGCACAGAGAUCCCUUGAUUGUAAUUUGUUUGUUGAGUCCAAUUAUAAAUCUACAAAUUAUACAAAAGAAAUUAGUUGUGGUUGUAUAUUUAUUUUUCC